GUUCCUUGGCAAGACAUUUAAACUUGGGAAAUCUCGGUUCCUUGGCAGGACAUUUAAAGACUUGGGAUCUCUUGGGAUUUUCGAACUAAUUCAUUUCUUUGGCAGGACAUUUAAAGGCAGGCUUGGGAUCUCUCGGGAUUUUCGAACUAAUUCGGUUCUUUGGCAGGACAUUUAAAGACUUGGGAUCUCUUGGGAUUAUUCCAAAGGAGAGGGAGUGUGUUUGUUUUACCAUGGAGAGAUCAAGAGAGCAUGAUGAAGAAGAAGAGUGGGAGAGAUCAACAGCCGCAGUCCGUCAUGAAACAACUGACAAAAUCUCUGACAAAAUCUUAGUGGAGGAUGCUUUCAAGACUUCGGAAGUGCCUUCAUGGACCAAGCAAAUAACGUUGAGGGCUAUGGUGACUAGCCUUAUUCUGAGUCUGGUCUUUAACUUCAUUGUUUGCAAGCUUAAUCUCACCACUGGUGUGAUUCCGUCUCUCAACGUUGCUGCUGGUUUGUUGGGUUUCGCCCUCGUCAAAGCAUGGACCACCAUUCUUGCAAAGGUUGGAUUCCUAAAGCAGCCCUUCACCAGGCAAGAGAAUACUGUCAUCCAAACAUGUGUGGUCGCCUCCUCCGGAAUUGCCUUCAGCAGUGGCACUGCAAGCUACUUGUUGGGAAUGAGCCCGCUCAUAGCUGGUCAAGGAGAGAGUGGAAAUACGCCAGCGAAUGUCAAGAAACUAUCCAUUGGUUGGAUGAUGGGAUUUCUCUUUGUCGUCAGCUUUGUUGGCUUGUUCUCUAUUGUGCCCCUCAGAAAGAUAAUGAUCCUGAAAUACAAGUUAACAUACCCUAGUGGGACGGCAACUGCAUACCUAAUCAACAGUUUCCACACUCCCAAAGGUGCCAAGUUAGCAAAGAAACAAGUUGCGGUUCUCUUCAAAAGCUUUAUCUUUAGCUUUGCAUUCUCCUGUUUUCAAUGGUUUUACACUGCUGUUGAUGGCUGCGGAUUUUCUAACUUCCCCACUUUUGGUCUUCAAGCAUUCGACAAAAGGUUCUACUUUGAUUUCUCAUCAACAUAUGUUGGUGUCGGGAUGAUUUGCCCUUAUAUGGUGAAUGUGUCUUUGCUUAUUGGAGCCAUCAUCUCGUGGGGAAUCAUGUGGCCCAUGAUUGAAAGCAAGAGAGGCAUCUGGUAUAGUGCUGAUCUUAGUCCAAGCAGUCUCCAUGGCAUCCAAGGAUACAGGGUUUUUAUUGCUAUUGCUAUGAUGCUCGGAGAUGGGCUUUACCAUGUGCUCUUCAUGCUAGUCAAAACCAUAGUCAGCCUCAUAGCCAACAACUCUAGCAAGAAGGACUCGUCUAUUGUUACCCCUGGUGUUACUGAUCAGGAUGCUCAGAUUGCAAAUUAUGAUGAGCACAGACGGACCGAAUUCUUCUUAAAAGAUCAGAUUCCAAAUAAGGUAGCAAUUUCUGGCUACAUUAUCCUGGCGAUCAUAUCCAUCAUUGCAGUUCCCUUCAUCUUCCAUCAACUAAAAUGGUAUCACAUUCUUGUUACUUACGCCAUUGCCCCAGUAUUGGCCUUUUGUAAUGCCUAUGGUUGUGGUCUCACGGAUUGGUCUCUAGCCUCCAACUAUGGGAAAUUGGCCAUCAUCAUUUUCAGUUCAUGGGUUGGCCUUGAACAUGGUGGUGUCAUUGCUGGUCUUGCAUCUUGUGGUGUGAUGAUGAGUAUUGUUUCCACAGCAUCUGAUCUCAUGCAAGACUUCAAAACAGGAUACCUUACCCUUUCAUCUCCUCGCUCUAUGUUUUUCAGCCAAGUAAUUGGAACAGCAAUGGGUUGUUUCUUGACACCAUUGGUCUUUUGGUUUUUCUACAAGGCUUACCCAAUUGGUGACCCCACUGGCACCUAUCCAGCACCCUAUGGUCUCUUAUAUCGUGGAAUUGCACUUCUUGGAGUUGAGGGCAUCUCUUCCCUUCCCAAGAAUUGUCUGAAUCUUGUUAUAGGAUUCUUCUUUGCUGGAUUUGUCAUAAACUUGGUUCAAGAGUUGUUGAAGCGUAAAGAGACCAGGUUUCAUAUUCAUAGGUUUAUUCCUAGUCCAAUGUGCAUGGCCAUCCCAUUCUACCUCGGUGGAUACUUUGCAAUAGACAUGUGCGUCGGGAGUUUGAUUCUCUUCAUGUGGGAGAGGAGGAACAAGCAGAGGGCCACUGACUUUGCACCUGCUGUGGCAUCCGGCCUCAUCUGUGGCGAAUCUUUGUGGAGUGUCCCAGCUGCUAUUCUAGCUCUGUUUAAUGUCAGCCCUCCUAUUUGCAUGAAGUUUCUCUCUGCUAGUGUCAAUACCAAGGUCGACAACUUCUUGGAAGGAAGCUAAGCCCCCCUGUUUCUAUUGUAUUGGAUCCACAUUAAAAAGUGUUACGUACAUAAGCUGCAGCAGCAGAAGGCAGCUAUUCCAUCAGGAUUUUCUAGGAUUUAUAAGGUUCGCAGAAGAAUUAAACUGAUGUCUUAGAAAUUUGCUGUUUGCGGGUUGUGAGCAUGUUAUUUCUGUGUCUUGUUGGAGUUUGACAGUUUGCUGUUAUUUCUCAGUUUGCAUAGGUCCUUGUCUACCACUCUUUCAUUGUUUUACACAGCGUGGUCUGUCACUUAGUUAACUUUUUAUUGCGAAAGCUUAAAUAUCAAUGUGAUAAUCCAUU